CAUAGUAACGGUCACCUGCAGAAACACACCGGGACUCACAGAGCUCACACCGACCGACACACGGACCCCCUGCCCGCCUCCAGGACACCGACCCCGCGCUGCGCCGCCCCGCCGCCCGCCUCUCAUCAAACCCGAUCAAUCGAUACCGGGAUCGAUCGCCUCUGAUGUCCGUCACUGUGGAUCAGAACCGGCGCGUGGCCUGCGGCGGGAUCAGAGGCACCGGAGCAGCCAACGAUGACAUCAGCGCGUGAGAGACCCGAUCCUCCCCGCGUGAGCUGAUCGAUCAUUUUAUCAGGUGUUCCAGUGCUCCCAGUGCUCCCAGUCUGGUCCAGGAUGCUGCCGGCCUCCAUCCAGAUCACGGGGGAGCUGCUGUCGGCGGCGGAGGUUCAGGACAUCUGCGAGAGCCUGAAGGAGGACAGCGUGCGGCUGCUGUCUGUCCGCGGCUGCCAGCUCUCUGACCGCGACUUUGGCCGUGUCUGCCGCAGUGUCGCAGAGUCGCACUCACUUGCUCAGCUCAACCUGAACCUGGGCGUGGUCUCCAGCAUCAGCCGGACGCGACACCUGGCGGACGCCCUGAAAACCAACCGCUCGCUGCAGACGUUGUUUCUCCAUGGCAGCCCGCUGCUGGACGCCGGCCUGGUGACCUUGAACUCGGCCCUGUCGACCCACCCGGCGCUGGUCUGUCUGGAUCUGGGAGACUGCAUGCUGGGAGACGAGGCGCUCGGUCUGAUCUGUGGGAUGCUGCCGCCCGACGGAGCAAAGUCAGGUCUCAGGGAGCUGACUCUGAGCGCUAACCCAGGAAUCAGCUCCAAAGGCUGGGCUCGCCUCGCCAUCGCCGUGGCUCACAGCUCACAGCUCAGAGUGCUCAACCUGGACUACAACCCACUGGGUGAUCAGAUUGCGGGGAUGUUGGCGGUUGCUGUGGCGUCCAGCAGAACUCUGGAGGUUCUGGACCUGGAAGGAACUGGACUGUCUAACCAAUCAGCACAGGUGUUCCUGGACAUGGUGGAGAACUACCCGACCAGUCUGCGGGUCCUGGUCCUGGCGGAGAACGACAUCAGUCCGGAGCUGCAGCAGCAGAUCUGCGACCUGCUGUCUGAAGGAGAGGACGAAGAUGACAGAGAGGCCCCGCCCCUACAGCCAGGCCCCGCCUCCAGCAGCGCCCUGCUGCCAAUCAGAGACAAGUACCAGCCAAUCAGAGACAAGUACCAGCCAAUCAGAGACAAGUACCAGCCCCCCGCCUGGCUCCCCCACAGCAACUCCAGCCCCCAGAUGGUCUUGCUGACAUCAGGUCUAGGUGAGAGCUUAUUGGCUGAGACUGAGAUGUGACCCCUCCCACUCGCACACACACACACACACACACACACACCCACACACACGCACACACACUUCCUGUUAAACCUUCACUUUGUUUGGUUUGAAUGUUUGUUUCUCUGCACUGCACUUCUCUGUCAGAUCACCUGAUGGCUAACAGCCAAUCACAUGCUCUGCAUGGUUUGAUGUAGCACCUGUCUAUACACACACACGCACACACACACACACACACACAUACAGAUGAGUGGCGGCACAAAACUUUAUUAACACACACCAAGUGUCUUACAGACAGACAGGUGUUAGUUCAGUGUGUUUCUGAUGAAUGUAGUUCUGCUCUGUUGGUUCCUUCUGCUGCUCUGAUGUCACAAUUAUUAAACUGUUUACAGCUUCGUA